UUCUUUUUUUUUUUCUAGAUUCUGCAGCCAUGUCCGUGAACAUCCACAUCAGCAGCCCUAAUGUGAAGUACACAGACACUCACAUCGAGGCUCAUUACUCCUACCAAACCUCCUCUGUGCAUCAGGAGGGGAACAGAAUCACGGUGACCCCCCGCAGCACCGAGAUGACAUUCCGCACCGAGCGCCGCGUCCCCCGGCUGGGCGUGAUGCUGGUGGGCUGGGGGGGCAACAACGGCACCACCGUCACCGCCGCCGUCCUGGCCAACAAGCUGGGUCUCACCUGGAGGACCAAAAACGGAGUGAAGAAAGCAAAUUACUUCGGCUCCCUGCUUCAGGCGUCCACGGUCUGUCUGGGCUCGGGGCUGGAGGGAGAGGUCAACGUGCCGUUCCGUGACCUGCUGCCCAUGGUGCACCCUAAUGACAUCGUCUUUGACGGUUGGGACAUCUCCUCACUGGACCUGGGCAGAGCAAUGGAGCGGGCGGAGGUGCUCGACUGGUCCCUGCAAGAGCAGCUGCGACCGUACAUGACCAGGCUGCAGCCCAGGCCUUCCAUCUAUAUACCCGAAUUUAUCGCGGCGAACCAGGAGAGUCGGGCUGACAAUGUCCUCACCGGCACCAUGGCCGAGCAGAUGGAGCAGAUCAGAGCCGACAUUAGAGACUUCCGUCGGUCCAGCGGUGUCGACAAAGUCAUAGUUCUGUGGACGGCCAACACCGAGCGCUUCUGCGACAUCGUUCCGGGGGUCAACGACACGGCCAAGAACCUGUUGGCUGGAAUUCAGGCCGGAGCUGCGGAGAUCUCCCCCUCCACUCUGUUUGCCGUAGCCAGCAUACUGGAGGGCUGCGCCUACAUCAACGGCUCCCCACAGAACACCUUCGUCCCAGGGGCCGUAGAGCUGGCCACGCAGAGAGGCGUGUUCAUCGGCGGCGACGACUUUAAGUCUGGUCAGACCAAGAUCAAGUCAGUUCUGGUGGACUUUCUGAUCAGCGCGGGUAUCAAGCCAAUGUCCAUCGUCAGCUACAACCACCUCGGCAACAACGACGGGAAGAACCUGUCCGCCCCUCAGCAGUUCCGCUCCAAGGAGAUCUCCAAGAGCAACGUGGUGGACGACAUGGUCCAGUCCAAUCCUGUGCUGUACCAGCCUGGGGAGAAACCUGACCACUGUGUGGUGAUUAAAUACGUCCCGUAUGUGCGGGACAGCAAGCGUGCCAUGGACGAGUACACGUCCGAAAUUAUGAUGGGAGGGCUCAACACCAUUGCUCUUCACAACACCUGCGAGGACUCGCUACUGGCCAGCCCGAUCAUACUGGACCUGGUUAUCCUGACGGAGCUCUGCCAGCGUGUGACCGUCAGGCCUCAGGGAGAGGAGGACUUCCUGUCCUUCCACAGCGUCCUCGCUCUGCUCUCCUUCCUCUGCAAGGCCCCCCUGGUCCCAUCAGGGACUCCAGUCAUCAAUGCCUUCUUCCGCCAGAGAGCCUGCAUAGAAAACAUCAUGAGGGCGUGCCUCGGCCUCCCUCCCCAGAACCACAUGCUGCUGGAGCACAAGCUGCAGAGGAACUUCCUGGCUCCGCACGCGACCCACAUCACCAACGACGUGGCCACGUUGAAAAAAGUCGCCCUCGCCAACGGGAACCACAUCCCUGUGCCGCUGACGAACGGCAUUUAUGCACACGAGAGCGACACAGCUUGUGCCAUGUGAUGGCAGAUAUCGCACUGAAGCCCGCAUCGGACUGCUGUAAAUUCUACUGCAUUGUUUGAGAUGA